AUGCUUCACGAGAUCCUCCUGUCCCUCUCGGGCCACCCGUCCCCUCUCCUGCGAACCGACGCUCCCGAGCCCAAUGUCCUCGCCGCCAUCUCUCCCCCUGAGCGCCAGCUGCUAGCCUCAACCGCUCACCUCAGCAACGUCCACGUCAAGCUCAUCAGCUACACCGCUCAGAUCGCCGACUCGCACCCCUCGACCAUCUGCCGUGCCGUUGCCAUAGCCAUCGACUCCAUCCACCUCGCCGCAUUCCAGCGCAAGGUCCUCGAGGUCGAGGAGAGCAUCCUGCGCGAUGAUCCGGAGCUCGUAGGCGCUUACAACAUCGUCCCGCUGACGGCGGUAGUCGGCGAGUUCAAGGAGUGGACGAGGAGGAUGGAGUGGCUGUGGGAGAUGGUGCAGUUCAUGCUUGUCAAGAACAAGCAGGGCGACGUGUGCCAUGGCGCGCAGCUCAUGGAUCGGCUGAGGAAGGAAUUGCAGAGCGGUUAUCAGGACGUGGUGGCCACCGCCAUGAGCCUGGUCACUGUUGCGGAGACGGCCUGGCUGAAACAAGUCUCGGCCUGGAUAUUAUACGGGAGGUUGCCGAGCUUUGGAAGCGAGGAUUUCUUUGUACAGAGAGCAGAGAAGUCUGACGAGGAGUAUCUUUCCUACUCCAGCCUGCUACCAUCCUUUGUCACGCCAAUGACGGCUUCGUCCAUGCUCUUCAUUGGCAAGUCCCUCAAUCACAUACGCGUCAAAAGCAGCGUAGACUCGGGCCUCCAAGGUCUCGAUCAACUAUCGUCAAAGCUGCAAGAGCUCUCGAGUCUAACGUUUCCUCUAAACAACGCCGAGUUUUCAAGGGCGAUAACUGCGAUUCGGCUGUCUCUCUCCGAAAACACACUACAGAAACUCCUCCCGCUGGCCAGGGUGGAGGAGAUGCUACAACUGUUACGAGACUUCUUCCUUCUAGGUCGCGGUGAGUUCGCCAUGGCGCUGACCCACGAAGCCGAUGAAAAGAUUCGAAGCCGCUGGAGGAGGGCGGACAACCUGGCCCACGAAAAGGGGGAUGGCCUGAAGAACAUCACGAUCAAAGAAGGGGAGGUAGCUGCGGUCCUCGGAAGGACAUGGACAGUCCUAGCUUCGAUGCAGGGCCAACAUGCAGAAGAGGACGAGCAGCUCGAGCUCGCACGGGAUCUCCUACGACUUAACCUCACCAAGACGAAAACCGUCACUCCCAUCGGCGCUGGCUCUGGCCUGAGCGAAGACGCCGCAAACACCCUCGCGACAUCGCCUUUCCGAAACCUCCUCUUCUCCGUCCCCUCCCUACUCUCCAGCCAGAUCCCGCCGCCUUUAGACAUGGUGCUCUCACCAUCGGACCUCCAGCUGUACUCCUGUAUCAAUGCGUAUCUACUCUCCAUGCGCAGGGCGCACAUUCGGCUGACCGAUUUGUGGAAAAUCACAUCCCUGAGACGUCACCACCCAGCGCCUCGAGGUGGCCGCGAGCAAAUCGUCCUCCUCAGAGACCGCUGGACCGCGCGGUCCAUGUCAAUGCGCAGCUCAUGGACCACUGCGAGUGCUACAAUAUUCUUCCUUGCGGAAACAGAGGCCUAUCUUCAGACGGAAAUCGUCGCAGGCCUGUGGGAAGGCUUCCAUAUGUGGCUGACAGCGCAUCAGGGAGGCCGGGAUACCCGCUCUGGCGCGACAACCCCGGCACUCCGGCCAACAACCAAAGACGGCGAGAGUGACGAUGACGACGAAGAGGAGGAGGAUCUUUGGCUACGCGAAGACGACAAGUCUGCCAAUCUCCAAGACACACCCAAGAAAGCCAACACCAACCCGUCACACGAUCCGCAAACCCUCUCCACUGCCCACCGCCUCUACCUCCGCACCUUAAUCCACCGCCUCCUCCUCACAGAGCCCAGUUUCACCCAGCCGCUCUACACCCUCCUGAUCCAUAUCGACCACCUCGUUGCCCACUUACACCGUCUCCACGCCAUCUACACCUCGCUCGACCUCGAGGAGGAUGCCGGUGUCGUCGACGCCUUCGUGGACCUCGAGGCCGAGGAGCGCGACGUCAAGCGCCUCCUCCGCACCGUAGAGAACCGCGUCCGCGCGGGCAUCGAGGACGUCGUCGCCGCCCUGCGUGCCCUUGAGUCAGACCCCGCCUUCGCCGCGGAAUGGGAGGGCGAUGCUGCUCUCGCCCUUGCCGAGCAUGUCCCCGGGACUGAUGACGACGCCGCUGCCGAACGUGGCGGCUAUGUCCCGGCUCGGGUCGGCGGCGUAAACAGGCUGUUGAUGAAACUUGACUUUGGCACCUGGUUCGGCAGACCGGACGAGCAACAAGGCGCGUUGUAA